UUUUCCCCAUUUUCCUGUCUUUAGGGAAAUACAGAAAACCUAAAGCCCCAAUCCUAAAACCCCAGCUCCACCGUAACCACGGAGGAAAAACUCUAACCGGAAAUACGCAGCUCCCAUGGCGCGUUUACUCCGAGAUUCUCAAAAUGCGCGUCGCAUUUUUUCUCCUUCCUCGGAAACGCAGUGUCGGAGCUUCCUGCGAAAAUCAAGCCUUCCAUUCCUCUCGCGAAAAGCCAUGUCAACCACACCGGAGGCCUUGGAGGAGACUCUUCCAAAAUCGCCCCUCGCCGCUAACAUCGUUCGAAUUCUUCGCAACGAGAUUCAGCACUUGUCCGAGUAUACUCCUGCUCACGAGCCUGUUACGGAAUACAAAUCAUUUUCGGUACAAGAUCGACCGGGUGAGCAAUGGAUGACAAUGAGAAGAAAAUUUGGAAAUGGUGAAGAUAUUAAAAUUGAAGCUACCAUGUUCGAUGGUUACGAACUUUCUCCGAAGCUCGGAGAUGACAACGUCGGGGAAGAUUUGCGUCUUCACAUUAGUCUUCUUGUUGAUAUCUCCAAGGGAAACGGUUCCGAAGAUUUGGAGUUCGUAUGUUCGGCGUGGCCCGAUUCUUUGGAAGUUCAGAAUGUGUAUUUACUUCGACGUGAUAGAAUGCUGGCUAGGCCUUACAUGGGACCUGAUAUCAGGAAGUUGAAUGAGGAUUUUCGAAAGGCGGUUCACGAAUUCUUGGGAGUAAGGGGAAUAGAUGAUGAGCUUUCUGUUUUCUUGCAUGAUUAUAUGAUGAACAAGGAUAGAAUUGAACUUAUACAAUGGUUGAGAAAUGUUAAGUCGUAUGUAAAAAAAAUAGGAUGAAAAUCUUUGACUGUUUGCUAUUAGUCUUGUUACUUAUAUUCAUUAUUUUCCCCCAUUAUA